CGCGGACAGACAGCAAGUAGUGAGCUGAGGGCGAACGACGACGACACAGCUGAGAGAGACAGGGCGUGGACUCCUCAUCCUCUCACCCCUCCCCCGCCCAAGCCAGCCAUCCAGCACCUCUAAUCCAAUCAACAUCCCACCAUUAGCUAUAGAAAAGAGCCUAUCCGUGAGCUGUGUGAAAAGCUAAGGCUAAAAAAGAUACGCUAAACAGUCUUCGCUCCUGUUAUCCGUGUAGAUUAACUGUCUCGAUUUCUUCUUCUGUUUUCGUGUGUUAUAUUUGGAACUUGAAGCAACGUGGCCUGAAAGAGAGGAAUACGUGAGUGCUGCUAACUGAUAAAGGGAAGAAGAAAGCGGAGGAGAGUUUUAGUGAAGGCAAGACUUAGUGGUGGAUUGACAGCACUCGCGAAUGAAGUUUCCCCGACGGAAUCUCGCUGGAGGGAGGUGAGGGCCGCGGCGGGCAUGUAGCUGCAGGCCGCUCGCUGGUGCUCCGUCAUGUGCGUGGCGGUGAGGGUGUUGGUGGCGGGGCUGCUGCUGGUCGACAGCCGAAGGGUGUGGGCGGCGCCCCAGGACCACGCGGCCACGUCCCCAGCAGCCUCCUCUGAAGAAGGAGCGAUCGAUGACUGGCCUGACCAGGAGGCGGCGGAGAGCCACAAGCGGCACGUGUUCCGCGAGGGCCGCCGCCAACAGGGAGGCGGCCGAUCGCAGUGGCUGGCGCAGCCCUGGGCUCGCCCGGGUGAACCCCGCCCUAACCUGCCCUGGCACACCUCCUCCAGGACCACGCCGCCCCCCGCGCACCGGCCGCCCAAGUACAGCCUGCGCCAGAGUCCCUUCAAGGGCACGUACCCCUUCGAAAGCGAGGUGCGCGGCGAGGGCUACCACUCCCACAUCAAGUUUCAUCACUUCGGCAGCAAUCCCGCGCCUAACCACCCUUCCACGGGCCAGACAUUCGGCAACUGGGGCUUCUCGCAGCUCCCUCCCGGCGGUCGGGAUUCUUAUAACUACCGGGACAGCUCCCAGGACACAGACACAUUCCUGGACCAUUCCCAGGAGCAAGACACCUCAUACUUUUUACCUCACGAGACACAGGGACAGCCUGACGCCACCGGAGCCGCGCCCUUCGGCCACGGCGAACAACUGCUGCCGGACACGACGCUAGACACAUUACCUUACCCUGACUCCUUCCACGACACGUUCCCUCAAACAGAGACACACAACGAUGGUCCGGGAGACACCUACACUCCGCAGUUUCCUCCAAGGUUGCCCUCUCAUCAACCUGAAAACAAAUAUCACUUCCCUCCGAGCUCGCCCCCUCAGCAGAACGACAAAUACACACCCCAGUUCCCUCCUAGUUUACCCUUCCGGCAUCCAGAAAACAAACACACGCCACAAUUUCCUCCUAGUCUGCCCUCUCAUCACCCGGGAAACAAACACACUCCUCACUUUCCUCCUAGUUCGCCGUCCCACCACUCGGAUGGCAAAUAUACACCCCAGUUCCCUCCGAGCUUACCCUCCCAUCGCCCAGAAGACGACUUUACUCCCAAGUUACCUCCGAGACUCCCCUCUCAGUACCCGGGCAGUCAUGGGUUCGAGUCUGAGGAAGGUAGACACCCCACACCUCACCGAGAUCAAGACGCCUCUAAACCCUUCUUACAGCCGGGUAACCUUGCGGCGAUCCUGGAGGGAAGUCAUCCGGAGGGAGAUGGAGACGCAGCCGACGCAAGUUUCGACGGCCAGAGUGAAGGCGAAGUGACUGACGGAACUCCGGUCGGUGAGGGUCCAGGAAAUCCCUCUGAGACUAGCAAUGCGGACGCUGCCUUCCACCACACCCUCGACGUUCUCCCCUCGACCGGAGGACAUGAGGCUGAAGGGUCGGAGGGUGAGGGAAGUGCUCCUCGACCCGCCCUGCCCAACGACGGUGAAGAUCCGACGCUGCCAAAGGACUCUCUCGACUUUGCGAACCCUGAAGUCGACGGCUCACCUUCAGGAACGUCGGCAGAGACUGGAGAGGCGUCGAACAGCCGGAAACCUCCAGAAGACCUCAUCUACUCUUCGAAUCCUGAGGUCGACUAUUCACCUUCACCAGGGAUUGGAGAGGUGUUGAACAGUCGAGAACCUCUUGAAGACCUCACCUACUCUUCGAACCCUGAUGACGACUAUCCGUCUUCAGGGACAUUGACAGGGACUGGGGAGACGUUGAGUAGCCAAGAGUCGCUUGACGGUACCAUCUACUCUUCGAACCCUGAUGACGACUAUCCAUCUUCAGGAACACUGACAGAGACUGGGAAGGCGUUGAGUAGCCAAGAGGACGGUACCAUCUACUCUUCGAACUCUGAUGGCGACUAUUCAUCUUCUGGGUCGUUGACAGGGACUGGGGAGACGUUGAGCAGCCGAGAGCCUCUUGACGAUACCAUCUACUCAGCGAACCCUGAAGUCGACUAUCCAUCUUCAGGGUCGUCGACAGGGACUGGGGAGACGUUGAACAGUCAAGAACCUCCAGAAGACCUCAUCUACUCUUCGAACCCUGAAGUCGACUAUCCAUCAUCAGGGCCAUUGACAGGGACCGGGGAGGUGUUGAACAGCCGGGAGCCAUUUGAAGAUCUCAUUGAUACGACCCCGAAGGACUACAAUCCGGACUACUACGACAAGCUCUACGACGAGUUCCUGGAUAUAUAUUACGACGACCCCGAGCAGCAGGAGGAGCAGCGGCAGCAGAAGGGGAGGGACGGCCCGCACUCCCCUCCCUCGCCUGCCGUCUUGGAAGCAACAGCUGGAGGAGCUCCCAGGAGCACUGCGUCGCCGCCUACUACACCGACGCUAACAUCUACCUCACCCUCGCUGGCAACACUGCUCGCCUCCACCAUAAGCAAGCCGUCAGAUGAUACAACGAUAAAUUCUGUGUUUCCAUUAACCACAGACACAAGCAGCACAACACUCAUGACCAACACAGACACAACGCCUCCAGGAGAAAGCCCAGACGAGAGACCAGCCACGACACAACCACCACCUACCACCUCAUCCACUACUCCCACACCCCAAACCACCACAACUACUACUACACCAGCCCCACCGACAACCACCACGACCACAACAACACCAAGACCCUCCACAACCUCUACCACCACAACCACAAGCACCACCACCACCACUACAACUCCAACAACAACAACACCUCCUGAAACAACAACAACAACAACAACAACAACAGAAAGACCCACCACCCCGACAACUACCCGGCCCCGAGCGCGACAACUAGGCGGCGGCACAAAGUCAGUGGGCGGAGGGAAGGGUACCGCCAUUAGCCUGUCCGAGAUCCUGCAGGGGCUGAGUCUGGGGCUCCCGCAGUUCCUGGUGGCCUUGAAAACCCACGGUCUCACCCUCAAGGACUUCACUACGAAGGUCCAGGAGAAGAGACUCACGCAGGCGCAGUUCAGGAAGGCGAAGGGCAACUUGGACUCCCUUAUCGCUAUCCUGAAGGUGGAUGAGGACGGUGAGGAGUCCAAGGAGGAGGAAAAGGGUGGAACUACAGAACCCACGGAGGAAGAAGAGGAAAAUGGAGAGGAGGAAGGAAAGAAAGUCAGUAUUAUACCUUACUGGCUUACUUCUCGACCCACCUGGAGGCCGUCGACCACAACAACCACUACACCGGCUACCACCACAACCACCACUACUACAACCACAACAACAACCACGACAACCAGACCUUCCCUUCCUCCUAAGAUAUUCGGCUUCCGCCCAGGAGGAAGACCACAGUUCUCGAUACCGCAGACGGAGAGCAAAGAAUCUGUGACUAAGGAAAGCAGUGAGGAAGGGGAGGAGGGAAGUGGAGAAGGAGAAAAAGGAGAGAUAGGGGAAAAGGACCAAGAGGGGGAUGGUAAGGUUAAAGAUGAAGCUCCUGUUCCCAUAAAGCUGGACAUCGCUUCAGUCAUGCGGGACAAAGGAAUCAGCGCUUCGGACAUGUUGCACGAUCUCGGUUCUCUCUUCACGAUGGCCGCCGAUGACGACAAUAACAGCGACAACACCAGCGACGACAGCAGUGACGACGACGUAUCCUCAGGCUCAGGGAACAAAACAAUGGCCGAUGAAGACCCAAGUGCCUCAUCCUCGUCCACUACUCCAAGCCCUUCAUCCUCGCCUCCUAACCCAGUGUCCCUCAAGCCUUACAUACCCCGCAGGACGCCGGAGAGGUUCAGGCCGCGCCCGUAUAUCCCCUCGGGCGUGCAGGACGGAGGGAUGGGUCGCCACAUCAUCACCAACAGACACAAAACCAGCACACGACCGACGCUCCGGCCAGCCUACCAAGCACCAUCCACCACCCCGUACGUCCCAUCCGCCCACCCCGAGGCCGCCACCGAGGAGCCGGAAAAGCACGCCCCAAGGUACACCAAGGACGACUACCACCGCAACACCUUCGACGACUACCGCUACGACCGGCCGGACCCGAACACGUCCCUCAACAUGACGAAGAGCGCGAUCAUGGCCGCCUCCGUGCUGGGCGGCGUGGCCAUGUGUGUGUUCCUGGCCAUCCUGGUGGUCGUGAUGUACCGGGGCCGCGUCAGGUUACGUCGGACGCCUCUCGCGCUGGCCAGUGACUCCUCGACGUCGUCCACGCCGCCGCUGUACGUGCCGCGGGUAAGGGCCAGCGUCGGGAAGGGGCCUCACCAGACGGCCGGAUUCUGGGGGACGCUGAAGAAGAGGUUUGAUCCCUACUCGCACAGCCCCGCCGUUAGUGUCAUGAGCUGAGGGAGGGAAAGGCCGCCAGCGCUUUCCCUCUUGCUCCAGCCUCGCCCCCC